UUGGAUGUGCGAGAGAGGGAGAGAAAACGCGUCGGGUGGGGACGAGACAAAAGCAGUUUAAUCCCACGCAGCUUCCUCUCUCUCGCAUCUCCUUAUCUCCACCUGACCGGCUGCUAGGGUUCCGCCGCCGCCGCGAAAGUCACCUCCACCAUACCUGCUCCUCCAGCCUCUCCCCACGGCUAUCAGGAGGAAGCCGAGCAGAGCAGGGUGUCUCCAGCAGGAUAGGCGCUGGUUCCGCCAGAUCGGUUGGCCGCGCGCUGUGGGGAUGGCCCGAUGGGGAAGAUGGAGAGACGACGAGUUUAGGAGGCGCAGCGCAGGGCCUUGACCCUGGGCAUGCGCCCUCUCUUCUCUGUAGCACAGGGUGAGCCGGAGAGCCCAACCCUCUGCUCGAGGCCUCGGCCAAGUGGACGCGGGCUGGCUCCCAACCCCUCUGCUAGGUGCCCAAGUUCCUCUUCCACCGUCGCUCUGAUAGGUCGAUUUCCGCAGCGCCGCAACAUAGUACAGAGGUUCUGCACCCGGUAUCCCCUUGUUUUUCAUGCUCAAAUUAAAUUGUAUAAAUGCUCAGGGGAGGACAUUUAUGUUUGAGAGAGAGGGAUGGAAAAGUGGGGAUGGAGUAAGAGAAGAGGCCUCGGCUUAUCCUGCAGUUCGAGCCCCGUCUUCUAUGCUUCUGCUCACAGUCCCAACAUCCUCAUGGCAGGUCCAAAUCGCUGAGGUUUAUGACCUUGAUUUUGCCAUAGAGGUAGUAGAAGCAGAUAUAGUGCAAGAAGCCGAUGCACUCAUAAUGUACACCCAUCACCUGAGGAAAGAGAGAAGAAGACAGAAUUAUUUUAUCACCAUGUCUUAUCAUUUAUGGACAUUUUGCUGUUGGGAUCUUGAUCAUAAAGGUUUGUUGAACACUAGAUGGGAAUGUACUCGACAGGGGAAGUCCUUAAUGCUACCGUUGGAGUCCAUCAUCCAACACUCUGUUUGCAUGAGCUGCACAUUUUUUUUUUGGCCCAGUCUCAGAUGCGCUGGAGAGUGGAGACAGGGAACUUGGACCAUGCCCGCGUGCACCCCAAAGUUCCUGGACACUAGCGAAACCUUCCACAAGUGGGCGUUUGGAGGUUCGGCUCUGUUGCCCAUCCAUUCUCUGAUUUGGUUUGGUGUGUUAGAGAUGGAAUUGUUUGACAGUCUUCAGUUUGUCAGAACAAAGGGUACCGGGUAAUUAGAAGAUGCAUUAGCAAACUUUCUGAUCUGGAUCCUGAGACUAGAUAAACUGUGGAGAAGAUGAUGAUGAUAAGCUUUGUUCACAACCUUGUUGUUGGACUACACGUCUUACAAUUUCUUCAGCCCUUAAACGAUAGCUAGCUCACUUUUUUUUUCUUGUUGUAGCUUGACCAACGUCAGAACUAGAUGGGUCUGCCAACAAGUGAUGAAAUGCAAAAGCAAGACAUGCUCGAGAAAUUCAUGUUUUGGGUAUGUGGCAACAUGCUCACCGUCCUACUUUGUAUGCAUUGGCUAACUUCCCAACCUGGUGUGUCUGACCGAGCUUUUCAUUGCAACACCCAGAAAUGGUGCCUUAGCUUUAACUGUCAAGCUAAAUCUAUGUAUUUGUCCCUUCAGAUAUAUGGCACACAUUUUAUUUCAAAAGAAGAAUUGAUUGAUUGAGACGCUGCAA